AUGAAAGUUUUUAGUAAAUCUUCUCCAUCUCCAGAUAAACCACCAACAGCAUUAAUAUCGGCAGAGCCGCCAGAAUUCGAUUCACCAGAUCCACCACCUGGUACUUUGCCUGAAGCUUGCCAUGGAGAUGAUUGUCGAAUACAUCCAAAUCUGGUUGCUCCUAUUGUUGGUUCUCUUUGUGGAAUUCUUGCAGUUGCUUUAAUCGGUGUUUUUAUUAUUUGGUUUUAUUUAAGACGAAAAUAUAAAAAAACUAAAGAUACUCCAAUGACGCCAGCAAUUAAAUUUAUUGAACAACCAUCACUUUACACUGGUUCUAUAGGCACAACAGACAGUACAUCUGCACUCCAUGAAGUGUCACCAACAAGAAAUAAUUCAAUAAAUUCACAUUAUUAUGAAAAAAUUCAUUACAAUGAAUAA